AUGGCUAAAAGCUUGGAGCGACCCUUAUCAUCAAAUGAGUAUUGUAUCUAUAGGAUCCCAACUUGGCUUCGCAAAUUGAAUGGGGAAGCCUACACUCCGAAGAUUAUAUCGAUAAGGCAUUUCCACCAUGGCAGCAAAAGAUUAGAACCCAUGGAAAAAUUGAAACUGAAAUAUUUUCAGAGAUUCCUCCGACGGAUUAAUGACUUAAACAUAGAGAGUUUAGUAAACGCCAUAAAGUUGCAUGAAGAAAGAGCACGUGAUUGUUAUGCAGAAACCAUCAACCUUAGCAUUGACGAUUUUGUGAAAGUAAUUUUGCUGGAUGGAAGCUUUAUUAUUGAGCUUUUCUACGUAAUACAGCUCCAAGGAGAAGAUGAUGUUAUUUGUGAGAACCAUAUACUAUUAAACCCAAUAUUGUGGGAGGCAAUGGAAAUGGACUUGUUGUUACUUGAAAAUCAACUUCCUUUCUUUGUUCUUGAGAUACUAUUCAGCCUUGCAUAUGCACCAAAUGAUGAUGAGUAUCCUUCCUUCAUUUCACUUGCAAUUAAGGUCUUUGAGAACAUUAAAGAUCAGGAAUUUCCUGGAGACUUUGGAGAGCAACCAAUUUGGCACUUUGUUGAUUUGACCAAAGCAUUUUUUCUUCCAUCAUCCAAAAAGCAAGUGCUACCACGUGAAAGUAAUGAUCUUCCUAGAGCUGAUCAUUUAUAUACUGCAAGCUAG